GGUCUCCGGGCCAAGCACUGCUAGACUGGAACACAAGGAUGAACAUAGCUGCCGGCGUGGCCAAGGGUUUAGAGUAUCUCCACGACAAAGGUGUGGUGUACCACAUAUUCAUGAGCAGCUCGGACGUCUUGCUCGGAGAAGGCCACCACCCAAAGUUGUCCCAAUAUGGACUGGCAGACCUUGGUCGGCUAGUUGUGGACGAUGAUGAGAAAUUGUGUAUUGAUUUCACCAGAACCGCUGCUAUUGCCCCCGAGACAGGAUUUAAAGGGAAGGCGACCAUGGAGUCGAACGUGUACAACUUUGGCGGCGUCCUGCUGGAGUUAAUCACAGGGAGGAGGCCCGUCGACCCCACCCGGGCCAUCGCCGAGGAUUGCAACCUUGUCAUAUGGGCCACACGAUUGAUGGACAGGGGCCAGUUCCGCCGGAUGGCAGAUCCAGCACUGCAGGGCCAUGGAUUUGCAAGAGGCACUGAAAGUUGCUUCCAUGUGCAUCCACGAAGAGCCGGCCAUGAGAUCCCCCAUCGGUGCCGUCGCCGCAGCUCUGUCUCGCCUUGCCGCCUACGACGAUCAUCCACCUGAAUCUUCACACCAUGCGGCGCUUCGUUAACCUACGGAGAAACGACCUACGUCGACAUCAUCCGGACGCAUCGAUCAUAUCAAUCAAGUUAUAUUACUUGUUUGUUGUGAUUGUGACUCUGUUGCUUGUUGACGAAUAACAAGUGCCUGACCUGCAUAGUAUUAGGCUGUUCGUCACAAUCCUAGGUAAAAACAUGCACAGGUUGAUUGGCCGGUGUUAAUGGAUUUAUCUUGGUUCUAGAGGUGGAAAUGUGUGUACUGCAUAAGCAAGAUCGGAAAGUUUCAGCUGAACCGAUCCACACAGUGUGGAAGGCACAAUUAGUAGUCUUUCUUUUCUUUCUUUUUUUGCGGGGUACAAUUAGUACUCUUUCUCUUUAUCAUAAUGUGGUACUCUCUUCA